UUCAGCUUUGGAGUUUCUUGUUGCACGAUAGUUAUGAUUUUUUUUAGUUAUUUUAAACAACAAAAAGUAGAUCAUUCUGAUUUGUGGUGCAGAAUUCGUUCCGCCGAAAUAAACCCCUUGAUAUUACGCUUAGACGUUACGAAAAUCGUGCCGUUGUGACGUUUUUCCAGCGGGAGUGUUAGUCAACCAAAGUUUUUGUAUGAGUUGCGGAUAGGGAGAGGCGAAGGGGAAAGGCCUCAAGCCUUGGACGGGAUUUCACAGCCAUGGCCGGUAAUUUUGAUGCCGAAGACCGUGCAAGCUGGUAUUGGGGGAGACUGAGCCGCCAGGAGGCGGUUUCUCUUUUACAGGGACAGAGACAUGGUGUUUUCCUCGUGAGGGACUCGAUAACCAUCCCCGGAGACUACGUGCUCUCCGUGUCGGAGAACUCCAGAGUGUCCCAUUAUAUCAUCAACAGUAUCAGCAACAACAGACAAUCUGGAUCAGGAUUGGCUCCUUCUCGGUUUCGGAUUGGGGAUCAGGAGUUUGAUGGGCUGCCGGCUCUGCUGGAAUUCUACAAGAUCCACUACCUGGACACCACAACGCUCAUAGAGCCUGUGAACAGAGGCAGGCAGUCAGGCCUCAUCAGCCCCCCCGCUGUCGGACCUCCCCAGCAGACCGAGGAAGCAGAGUAUGUCCGGGCACUGUUUGACUUCCCUGGCAACGACUAUGAGGACCUCCCCUUCCGCAGAGGGGACAUCUUGCGCGUGCUGGAGAAACCAGAGGAGCAGUGGUGGCACGCCAAGAACCAGGAAGGCCGAGUCGGGAUGAUCCCUGUACCUUAUGUGGAAAGGUACCGACCCUCUUCGCCCACUGCAGCCAGUCUUAGUCCGGUCCCCGCAACAGGGACCGGACAAGGCGGGCAUGUUGGCGGGGUAGCGGGCAGCACAGAUGGAACAGGUUCUCCUCAGGCCACCGCUCUGGGGGAACCGGGCCCGUAUGCUCAGCCUGUGGUCAACACUCAGCUCCCAAACCUACAGAACGGGCCGGUCUAUGCCCGGGCAAUUCAGAAGCGGGUGCCCAACGCUUACGACAAGACGGCGCUGGCUCUGGAGGUGGGGGACACCGUAAAAGUGACCAAGAUCAACGUGAACGGCCAAUGGGAGGGUGAAUGCAAAGGCAAACGAGGCCACUUUCCUUUCACCCACGUUCGGUUGUUGGAACAGUACUAUCCAGACGACGAGAGCUGAGAAGCGCAGGCGCUCCCGUCACCUCCAGCACAUCCCCUCGCGUUCAGUUUCGUCAUGCUGGAAUAGAAGAAGAUUUCUGCAAGCACACAAUAUAUGAAACUCUGAGCUAAACUGGUCAGUGUUUCCUGCCCACCACAACAUAUGAUGUGUUGGCUGAUCUUGUCUAAUGUCUUUUUAAUGAACCCCAGUCAUAUUAAGAGUUUACCCUGUGGUCGGACUGAUAUCGGUUUGCCUGCGUUGUCAAACAUCACUGCUGGCUUGCCCUUCAUCUGCAGACACACUGAAGUACAUGGCAGCAUGUAUUGGUUCACCCAGGAUGACACUGGAAGGUCCGUUAACGGUUUGACGAGAAAGGCGUGUAUUUAACCCUUUUGAGGCGACCAAGAAACAAACAAGUCAAGAACUUGCUAAACUUUUUUGUAUAAUCAUAGUUUAAAAGAUAUAAGAACAAUUGGAUUUUGCUUUAGCGUGCUUACACACCUCAAGUUUUCACUCAGGUUGGAGGAAACAUGGGGUUUUUAUCUUAACCAAAACCUGCAGUCGUACUCGGGUGCAGGUUUUCCAGUUUAAAGUAACUAAUAUUUAAUUUUAAUACAAAUCCAAAAGUUAAACCACUGUUUAAAUACAUGUGAUCAGAUAAACUGUCACAGUGAUGUCCUGAUCAAUCUUUGUAUCCAAUCUCUAUAAUUAUGCAAGAAUGGGGUAGCCAAAGUAGUUGGUAUGAGUGAAACCUGAGGUUUGUUGUGCUUAUGCAACAGUUUUUCCUUAAAACGUAAACUUUUUAAUCGUUUUUAAUCUUAUUUCCACCCGUUGGGCACAGUUGAUAUAAUAUCAGGCCCAGCCAAUAACCUUAACACAUUUCUUUAUUAGACUAGCUAAUGAUGACGUCUGCCUGUAACCACAGCUGUUACUGUCAAGUCCACAUCUUUUUAACACCGAGCCCCCAAAGUCCACUAAUGCGAGGUUUGUCUUUUUGAGCAGUUAUUAAGAUGUUUGCUCUGGAUUAAAAGUUAUCCAGACUAGUGUGUUGUUUGCACAUGAUCAAAACUUGCUUGAGCAGGGACGUAUCUUCACUCUGGUGGACUUUAGCUCUGUGUACUUGUAGUAAAUUUGUGUAAACUGGAAAUGUCAGAGCCAAAAUACAGGUAUCAAAGCCCCCCCUCCCUUCGCUCAGAGGGCGUUGAUGCUACACGAGUGUAUUGAUUCUGAGCAUGUUGAUCAAACACAGCUAAACCUGUUAAUACCUCCUAUUUAACAGAGGUAUUAAAUUGAAAACGUAUUAAAGACGGCACAGGUGACCGAUAUCAGUCAAACCCUGCUUUACAUGCUUCCAUCCCAGUAUUGAAAUCAUCACAUCACACAGCAGAGUCAUCCCCCUCCUCCUCCUCCUCCCCGUUGUAUCCGUGCAUCUCCAGCCACUACCUUUCACUGACACCUGCAGGAGGGAAAUGGAGAUAAAACGGGAGAUAAAACACUGCGGCUCUCACAGAUUUGUGUGUCUGUGAGAGAUUUUUUUGUUUGCUUGUGCUAGACUGUGAACCUCGGAGUGAAACCAACAAAGACUUUACCUGAUGACUGUCCUGUGGAGACAGCGUCACCACUUUACCACACCCUACACUACAAACCAAGUCCUCUUUUUUGUUGUUGUUGUUGUUGUUGUACAAAAAGUGGAAAAUAAUAUUAUAGAAUUAACUCUAUAUACAUGCACACCUUACAUGCUAAAUACUGUAAAGAUUUCCCCUCUUUAUGCUGAUUUUCUCUUACUUUUUAUGGCCAGAGAGUGUACACCUUUUUUAUUUUUCUCUUUUAAGACGCAGAAAUGCGAAAGAACAAAACGAGCACCCUGUCACAGAGGAAGGAACAAUCCCGUGAGGCUGCUUUAUUAAAGGAUGCAAGGAGAAAGGUUGAGGGAUUUUAUUUUUGUCCUCCUGGUGGGCUGAUACGACAGUCAUUCGGAGACGCUUUUAAGAUAAAAUCCACCACUAAAAAAAAGGUAUUACUGCUAAAACGGACAUGUUUUUUCAUGUUGUUUCUCGUGCCAUAAGGGUGCCAUGGAUGGCAUUUGCUGUAACUUUGUCAUGUUGAGCACACAAAGCUUUUAUGAACAUUCGCAGUCCUGCUGGCACCGUGGCAUUAUAAAUAGAAACCUGAAAGUCAUCUGUUACUCAAGGACAUGUUUGUUCUCAGAAACGAGGAGAGGAAUCAGCAACUUGGGAUUAUUAUUAUUAUUUUUUUUUUGUUAAUUUUGUCGUUAGUACAGACUUGACAAUGGUUGUGAAAUGUGGUGAGUGGCAUUGAGACUGAUAAAACAGUGUGUGUGUGUGUGUGUGUGUGUGUGUGUGGGAGGGGGGAAAAGUCUUAAAUUGGGGGUGUGAUUGGUUGCACCCUGUAUUUUUACCAGGUCAGAAACUCAUUUAUCAUCUUUGUCAGGAUGCAUUCAAAGAUUGAAUUGCUGGCAGUGCUUAACUGAAACAGGAACCCCUGCUGCACAUAGAUUUUUUUGUUUUGUUUUGUUUUUCUUGGUCACGAGGGAGGGUCCGCAUCCUCCGCGGACCUGCCUUAUAUUUGUUCUUGGAAAAGAUGAGAAGUUAAAUUGGGAAGUGACUGGCUUGAAGUUGAAGUCUCGAGGACACACCCAGAAUUGCAUGUUAUCUUUCUGGUUCUCCAAAAUAAAGAAGUUCAGACCUGCCCUGGAGCGAAAGCGAUAAAUGAUGCCUACGUGUCCCUCCUGUGGUUAUUAGGGGACGGAGGAUGAGAAGGUGUUCACCUCACACCUCGCAGUAUAGAUCUGGGGUUUUCAAACUCUGUGGGAGGGGAAAAGUUAGCACCCCACAGUUUGAAUUUGUCAGUAAUAUGGAAGACUGGUCCAAAAAUGAAUUUUUAUCUCAAUGGAGAUGGUGCAGUGCAACUAACAGACUCCCUAAAAUACACACAGAAGUGUUUUUCACCUUAUUUCCCACACUUGUGCAGUUUGAGAACCACUUAUGUCGACCCCAGUGUUAGCGACGCCUGCCUUCUCUCAGAUAGUAUGGAACUAAACUCGCCACGUCGCUCUCAGAGCAUCCAAAAACAGACACGUGCAGAUGUUCCAGUGUCAGGGUAGUGUGCUCGGUGCGGAAACAGUCAGUAACUGUUACACUUUCACCUGUGAAUAAACCGCUUCCUACAUAAAUGCAUUCCCCCAGGAGGUAACUGCCCCCUACUGUCCAAACGUGUACAGUAGGGGGGGCAAAAGAAAUGCUUAAAAAAGAAAGAAACACUGACCUUAAAUUUGGAGAAAUGAGGGGACAGAUCAGUUGAGUAAUUGGAGGUAAACAGAGAACAUUUGUCUGCUUUUUUUCUUUUCCCUUUCACUCUUUUUUUUGUGUGUAAAAUACCAGUAACUGUAUGACAGCAGUAACUGUAAGCUAAUCACUUGCAUACCUGUCUUAAAGGUUGUAACUUGUGUCAGAUUUUUUAUAUUUUUUUCUUUAGUUUAGUAGCUAGUAGCCAGAAAGGGUUUGUUAAUUUCACUUUCGUUUUGAAAGCAUUUAGUUAGUUUGGUUUUUAUUGGUUUCACUAGUAGUUUUAGUCAUUAGUCUUUAACUGGCUGUCUUAAUCUUUAAUUUAUUAUUAUACAGGGGUGUGGUUAAUGUUGACAAAUAUGACCAAAUAGAGCAAAAAUGAAAUCAUCUCUGCCUAUGUUAGUUAUUGUUUGCUUUAUUAUUUCACACACACUUUUUUUAAAAUAAGAAACCAAAAAAGAAAAAAAUCUUUCACCACUUCCUUCUGCACAGGUUUGUGUGGUUGGGCAGAAAGAAAAGUAGUGCCCUACAUGAAGCUUCUCACAACAAAGUAGUUGGGGAUUUAUUUGGUUUUAUUUUAUUUUCUGUGUGUGUGUGGUUAACAAAUGAUUAUGAUUCUUGGAAGGAGAUGUCGCUGAUGUGCUUUUCAUACGAAUUUCUGUGCGCUUGGCGCUUCACAGGGCGAGUCCAGUUUAGUUUAUAUUCAAGAGAAGGCAGACGUCUCCAAAACACGAUGCUGAUAAACGGCCAACUGCAAGAAGGUGAAUCAGAACUUUAAAAAUACCUGUAAUAAAUCUAUAAUAAUGAUGCAAUCAGAGGCACGUUUAUUGAUAAAACCUACUGGGGUCCUUAAAGUGCUUUAAAUGAUCGCAGCUGUGUGUUGGUGGGGAGGUUGGACACAAUUUUCAAACACAUUUAAGAGUGCAGAAGCUGUGUUGAGUUUACAUUGUGUGUAAUUUUCCUUCAUAUUUCUUUUGUUGAGAUUCAGAUUUAUGGAAAAUAUUUUUGUACACCUCCAUUAAUGUCAUGUUUUAUAACCGUAUACAGUAUGUACAGCCCCGUUUGUGCUGCAUUAAUAAAUCCAUGCAAUAUUUCCACGUCCCAAAGGAGACAUUUUUGAGUGCUUUGUGUGGAGCGUGACAUAACUGAAACCUGCUGGUGCUGUCUUGGUGAUUUUCGGGUGAUAUGAAAAGCUUCUUUUAAAAACGAAUAUAAAAUCUGGUGUGAAAUGGUGAUUUUUAUUUUUCGAACGGUCGUUUGUGAUUCCUUUUCUGGUUUACUGCUGAUUUUUGGGAUGUUCACCUCACUGUUACUCAGUUCUGCCACAUUAGUUAAAGACCGAUCACCUACAAACAUGCACCUUAUCUAGUGGUGAUACAUUUUUCAGAACAAGCAAAAAUUGUAUUUCUUUUCAGGAGAUUGUACAAUGAGUCAAAAUCUUUUAUUUUGAAGUCAAAAUUAGCUUUUUAUCUUCUGUAGUGUGUAAUCUAUCAGUGUAUCCUAGUCAAUAA